UUUACGUUAAUUUGGUUAUAUUUACAGGUGUGACAUACAACUAUGUUCCCUUGUGCCAGUUUUAUAGCUCUGGAUUACGUCUUCGAGAACAAAAACCAUCCAACGGUGAUGAUGGACUUGUUGUCCCUACCCACACCUUACAUACCUUACAAGGAUGACCAUUACCCUCAUAGUGGCACCUUGGCGGAGGUCACCUACAGGAAACCAUGGCUCAGAGGGAAGCCGAUUUCCACGGGCACGGUCAGCACUUCCGUCAUGGAUGACCUUCGAGUAACAGAACAACACAACUUUACAGAAAAAUUUGAUGACCUUGGGAGUAUCAAGGGCAUGAUUGAGAACAGAGCAGCCUCAGCAGAGCUUCUCCACCAGCGUGAGGAGUCAAAGCUUCCUCGUCCGUUUGAGGAAUCAUUCCUCAAAUUGACUGCGCAGCUGGAUCUUGGAACUAAAGAAAAUGACCUACUCAUACCAGAAGACAUCAUGGCCGCCAAUUUCCUGCCUUGUUUUAAACAUUUGCCCACCCUGAAGAGAAAAGUGUCCCGUCUGAAGACCCUGUUGGUGGCCGACCCGCUAAUCUGCUUGAGCGGAGACUCCGUCACCGAGGAAGCAAUAUUCAGGCACUGUGCGCCUUAUGAAAGGUCCUGUGAUGAACUGCACAUCGAAGAUAUCACCGAGGUAUUCACAAAAGAGUCACUAACACCGAAAGAGACUUUGCAGUUACCUGAGCUUCUGGACGACUGCAUGAUGACGGUCAACUCUCCAAGAAGCUUUUCCAGCUUUUGCCGUAGUUUGUCCGUUGUUGCAGAACAGCAGAACGAGCAACUUCCUGACCUGGGGGCGCUUUGUAAAGAUGAGUCGGCAUCAGUGGACAUUUCUCAUUUUUCUUCAGUGCAAUCGACUGGCAAAGGAGACUGGAUGAAGGACGCCCCUCCAGAAUGGGUUACGCUUCCAACCGAAAUGGAGCUGGAGGUGACUCUGACUCCACCUCGUGUUGCCACCGGUCACUACCAUGGCCGUCUGAGCAUAUGUGACUUUGAGAGGGAAGAAUUGUCUCCAACGGACAUCUCUCUAGUGUCACCGGGAGCUCAGAAGCAGAUGGGGGCGGCACUCUGGAAGUCCGAGAAGUAUUCAAACGAUAUAUUGCGCAUGCUGUUUGCAGAACCCGAAGUAGAAGAAGCAGCCGUUGACUUCCGGCCUCUGAUCGAAGCCUUGAAGUUAACCCCCCUGGAGGGUUUGACUGUCGAGACUGAGAUCGGAGAGUUGUUUGGUCACAUGCGGGAGUCUCCGGAGAGCCUGAGCACUGGGGUUCCUUCUCAUGGGGACGACUGCGUGGUGGAAGACUUCAGCAAAGUGGUACCAGAACCUGAUGACUGCUUCCACAGUAUUUCACCUCCCCCGGAAGAGUGUCAAACUGCUGCUGUCUUGGUCCAAAACCACACAAGUUCUGCUGAGUUCUCCCCAAAAACGCUCCCUCUUGACACAAAGCAAGUCAAACCUUCAACAAGCUCUGACAACAAAACCGCAAACAAGUCAUCUGUCCAAGUCUCGCCCGUACCUUCACCUCGGAAGACGGAUGGCAACCUCCAAGGCCGCAAAAUGGCUGACCAGGGAGGCGUCUUCACGGCAGCCAGACGUCAUCCAGUGCAGCACGUCGACCCGCUGGCCACCUUCAUGAUGCUGCGGUCACAGCGGGCAUCCACUCCCACUGCAGCGCCGGAGGAGAAACAAGAAAAAGAGAGCUUCUCUGAGGUGCAGUCUACUCCACAGCAGAUACGUAAAUCAGAUGGGAAGACCACCACCGCCUCCGCCGCCGCCAUUACAGCCACAGCGUCGGGACACGCCUCGAGAGGACAGAUCACCACUGCUGGCCAGGAUGCGCCCAACAGCAGAGUGGUUCAAGUCCAAGCCACCGACAGUCAGCGUCAGGCCUACCGCGAGCUGCUGUCCUUGGCCCGUCCUCGUCUGUCGUCUGCCAAAGAGCUGGGCCUUCAGCUCCCCGCCUGGAGCGACUUUCAGCGCCUGGCCCCGGACCAGACGCGCUACGUUCUCAAACAGAGAGAGAUGGCGCUGUGUAGAAGGACAGAAGUGGAAGAAGGAGAUGAGGAGCAGCUGUUCCACCGGGUGCUUGUGAUCCACAUGCUGGUAACAACCAAGGAGCUGCUGUUCAAGUGUGACGUGGGCGCCGCUUUGGAGUACCUCAGCAAGGCAGCAGAGACAUGUACGGACACGGACGUCAUUCAGCUGCUGAGGAGGCUGCACAUCAUUUCACACCUCAGGCGCAGGAACCAUGAGUCCGACGGGAAACUGCUGGAGCUGCAAAAGCUGGUGGCGGCACGGCUGCACAAUGACAAAAUUCUUGUCAUCAUGUCGCUUGAUUGUGACGACAGAAUGUCCACAAUCGUGCAAGGCUUGAAACAACUAACUGCUGUAAGUACAGUUCGCCCUGAAAACGACAAGAGCAAACUGAACGGCGCCAGUCUUGUCAGCAGCAUUCUGGAGAGUGGCUGCAUGCUGGUGUACGAGCAGCAUCUGGGCGCAGACUUCCCAUGGGACAUCUUCACUCUGGUGGUGGAGUACAACCACCCAGGUCAGUCGCCGUGGGCGACCGUCUGCAAGGAGAGGAGAGUGCAGCACGUCACCUUCGACACAGUCCUCCCUGACGAAGAUAAGCGGGAGGGUGAAAAGAGUCUGGAGGACAAGGUGACAUACGUGCUGUUGGCGACCGAGUCGCUCCUCAACUGGCCUUUGCUGCUGCAGAUGCUGGAGUCUACAUUCAACGUAAUGCUACUGGAGAGGAGCCACUGCCCGUCCCUGAAGAUGUUGGGCAGGACCAAUCACUACUCUGUCAUCACGGUGGACGAGAGCACCGCCAUCGUUGUUCAGGAGCAGGACGAGCUGUGUGAGGAGCGAGCCUACGAAGCGAUUGCGAUGAGGCUCACCGCUCUGUCGCUGCAGUACAACUACUGCUGGAUCAUACUGCACUACCUGGACGGCAAGGGGGGAGGGUUCUCCAGCAACGCCUUCAGCAACUUGGUGAUGGUCUACUCAUCUCUGGUGCUCUUCGGCAUGAAGCUGGAGGACCUGGACGUCAAGGUGCUGAUUGCAAUGGAGGUGUCAGAAGUGGCCCGCUGGAUCAACCGGAUCUGCUUCUUCAGCCUGAUGUGCAGCGCUCGCGAUCCCGUCGACUACCUGGAGCGAGACUGGCUGGCCGUCACGUCGUCGCAGGAGGAGCUUUGCCUGUCGCACUUCCCCUGCAUCAACCCCCUGGUGGCUCAACUCAUGGUCAGGAGGGCGCCCUCGUUGCCGUGGCUAUUCGGCGCCACCCUGACGCAGCUGGCGGAGAUGUUGCCAGAGGUGCCGCACAAGGUCCUGAAGCUGUUUAGCAACGCCACCUCCCUGUAUGAAGCUCGGCCGGCCCAGUCAGGUCCAGUCCAUACACUUCCUCCUCCUUCUCCACUUCCUCCUCAACCUGAGGAGGCCAUUCCCGAUCCGGCACCAUUUCCCAGCGUCAACCCUAGCUUCCUGUUGGCCCCAGAUGACACCAUCAGCUUCCACUCUCAGGAGGAGCCUGCUUAUUUCACCCACGACCCGAAGUGGCCUGCCGGAAGCCCGGAGCUUGGCCGUUGGUCUGGAGCUGAUCUGUGGAAGGACGAAACCGGCCAGGAAGAGGUUUUAAUUGGUGGCAAGGGCCGAGCCGGAGUGGCAGAGAGAGGGAGUGGCCCGUUGUCGCAACAAGGUUCGAGGUCCUUGGAUGCCCUACUCGGCCACUUCAGCCCUCCUUCAAAGAGCCCGUUGUGGAGAAGAGGUCUGACUGGUAGCGGUUCACGCACGGGAGGGAGAUUGUCAACUAACUAUGGAUCACGAUGCUGUAUGGGACAAGAGAGGAAGAGAAGUGAACAGGCGGCAUGCUUGACAAGAAUAGCGCCGACUCCUCUGAAGAAAAGCAGGCUGAGCUACGAGAAGGUGCCCGGACGGACAGACGGACAGACUCGACUUAAACUUUUUUAAAUGAACCCAUUCUGUUCAUUUCCAUUUCGCCGUUCCCUGCAAAAACUAUUUCACACGUUCACAAUUGAUUUGUUCAACAGUUUAUGAACGACAGCAAGCAUUGCAGUAUUUAAACACGGUGGUGUAUUUACAUAAUGUUGUUGUGUGCCGUUUCUCAAUUUCACCAAUUAAAUGCUGAGUGUGUCGAAAAAAA